AGAGGGAUGGUUGGUCUCCUCAUGCCAAUGAGGUUUAGACCAUGUUGAGCCCUACUUUUCUUUAUGGCUCCAUCUUCAUUAUUGUCCUAUUCAUCUGGCAAGUGAAAAGGAGUUAUGAUGGAUUAAGGCUGGAACCUAAAAGGAGCUGCUGCCGGCAUCAUCGAAAAGUCAGACAAAAGGCUAGAGAUGCAGCAUCAAGAGCAAGGAGAUGUUCCCAGGAAGAAGCUGAGAAGCCGUGGGAGCUGCUUUCUGUCAUGAAAAGCCAGAGCUGGCUUCCUCGGGAGGGAAGUGUGCGGAGGCUCCUGUGUGCAGAUCCCUGCUGCCAAAUCUGCAAUGCCGUGGCUCUGGAGAUUCAGCAGUUGCUGGUGGGUGAGAACACCUUGAUCUCUUCCACUUCUUCGAGGCCAUCACAGGGCAUAUCUUCCUUAGAGGUGUUGUCCAUGUCUACUGUGUCUUUUGAGCAGAGUCUGGAGCAUCGUUCCCCACAAUCCAAAGACCUUUCACUUCCACCUCCAACCCCCACAGUGUCACAAUUAACGGACCAGAGAUCCUUAACACAGUCAGCUGCCCAGUCUGCAGGUGAGGUCAGCCUCCACGAUUACUGGGCUGAACACCUCCAGCUAGGGCAGGAAUUUCAAGUGCCAGACAUGCCCACAGGCCCAAAGACGAUCUCUUCUUCAAGGUGGGAGGAGCCUAGGAUCCCAGGGAACCAGCAGGAGAUGAUGCAGAGCAACCCCAGCCUCAUCUAUGGGAACCAAGGUCAGCAGCCCUUGAAUUCCCAGGUCUCUCUGCUGACUCAGAAUGGAGAAAUCACCACCCUGACACACCCUCUGGCCUUGCAUAUGGUCACUGUCCUCCCUGCCCACCUGCCAUUCCUCAGUCCUGAAGUCCUGAGGUUUCUUGAGGUACAUGUAAAGAAAUGGAUGCAUUUCCAGAGGUGGGGGCUCCCCAGACGGGGCCUGCCCCAGAAGAUCCAGCAGUCCAUCCAGUUGCUCCUGUCCCCCGCUGAUCAGCACACUCUGUCCUGGAACAGCACAGCCCUAGCCAAUGUGACUGUUCCCCAAUCCAUAGUCCUAGACACCAAUGGGGCUGGUGACCCCUUCUCACCCAUCAUGGAACCAGUGUCAGUCCCCGUGCCACACUUGCUCGACCAGGCCAAGGCAAUGUUGCAGAGCCACAUCAACUCCAAACAUGGGCAGAUUCACCAGGGCAAGGUCCCUGCCUGUGUAUAUAGCUCUUGGGAGUGCAUCAUUCCUGGCGGCCUGGAAGGGGCUCCCCUCACCUGCAUCCCAGAAAGCAAGCCCCUGGAGCGACAGGCAGCCACUGACUCUGAUCUACAACAGGAAGUUACACCCUGGAUGCCCACAGCCCUCGAGCAGCAGCAACAAGCCUCUGCAGAUGCCAACAAUGAACAUCCUAAGCUGCCCCGAGCCCUGUCCAAGGGAGCCCUUGAGAAACUGGAGACGACUUUACGGCACAAGUAUCUGGCCUUCUUGUCAGGGCUGCCUGCUCUCUAUUAUGUGGCUCUCUCCAGGGCCAUGGCCCCGGCAAUCACUACCCAAGCUCUAAUCACAGACAAGGUGCCUGGGCCAGUCCGAUUCCUCACGGAACCUCUGACCCAGGAGAUCUCAUGUGAAGAGCAGUGUCGAAGUGCUGGGCCAUGCUUUCAAGAUGCCAACGAGACUUGUGCAGACUCUGCAGAUGAGUUCCAGGCUGAAGUGCAGGUGGAAGGAAUGAUCGAGAUGGUGCCUCUGGAAAGCCAGACAGACCCUGCUACCCCCUACACACUCAAGAAACCCAUCUUGGCCAAACUAAAUUUCCACCUGAGAAAGAAGAUCCUAGAGAUACAAUUGGGAAUUCCCGUAAGAGCAAGGGCAUCCAGGGAACUAACCCUAGCAAUCCCAGAGAACAUUUCCACACAGGAGUCCCUUGGGAGUGUAAUCAACCCAGGAAAAACACUGCUCCAGGAACUCCCCAUCACACCAGACACGCCUCGUGCCCCAGAUCCAGAAUGGCUCCAUCUUAAAGAACAGCUGGCCAGUGAGUUAAAGGCAGUGCAGAAGAGCCAUAAGCACCCUAGUUCCAGAGCAGUACACCAUGGUUCUGCCCACGGGGCCUCCAAGAUCUCACAGCCCAGUGGGGAUGUGACAGAGGCCCAGGUGCUUUGUGUUCAGCUGGAGGCCAGUGUGAACCUCCCCAGCCUGGUGGAGCCCUGGAGCCCUGAGCCCCAAAGCCCUGGCAAGAGCAACGACUCAGCCCAAGUCCCCAAGCUCGCAGGAAACAGAGAGGACCCGGGGAAACCCAAAUCGGCAGGGGACCACGGAGAAGGGGAUGCAGGGUUUGCGUUCUCCUCAACAAGAGAAAACGGCCACCCUGCCGAAGCCCAGAGGCCAGAAGGGAUGCUUCUGCACAGGACACCCCACAACCCCUGGCGAUGGAGCCAUAGCUUUCACCUUGAAGCUCCCCGUCCACACAGUCCCGAACGUCGCCCUCAGCUUAAGCUCCCAGAGCUACCACCAGGAGUCCCUGGGGGGCAGGAUUCUGAGAAGAAUGACCCGCAAGACAGUCAAACCAAGCUCAACAUCAUCCUCAACCCAGCAGGGACUCCUGAACGUGCACAGCCUGUGGGGCCCCAGGCAUCCCAGAGCCAGCAUUUCCUGGGCCAACUCAUUCAGGGUAAGCCACUGCAGGGCCAAACUUUGCAAGGUCACGUUUUGCAGGGGCAGGUGAUGCCAGUCCAUACUCACAAGAGGCCUGGCCUCCCGGAAUCUGGCUUAAAAAAUAAGAUGAAAUCCUUUCUGCACUGGAUUAACCCCAAGACAAAAGGCAAAGGGCACAAGGAAUCCAUGUUCUCCACAGCUGAGAAGGUGGCCAGCACCACAAAAGAAAAUGUAAAAAAGAGCCUGGCUCCAGCCAAAAGUCCCACAGGGCGAACUAAGACACAGAAGACAAGAAGGGACCCCAAGGCCCAAUCUCCCCACACUGAGAAGCAGGUCAGCGUGGCCUUCUGGGAUGGCGCCCCUUCCCCAGACAGUAAGCUCCGGCACUGCUCCCACUCCCAUCAACUCCACUCUGUCUCAGUCCUGGGCCACCCCCGCCACUGCCCUCGCCACUGUCCUCGAGUGGCAUGUGCCACCCACCCAGGGAACCCACCUGAAUUCUCAACUACCCACUCAGUGGGAAACGUUGGUCUCCUCAAGAAGACCCAGCACCACCAAAAGACUCUGUAG